AUGGCUACAGUACUAUUAUUAUAUCUCUUCAUAAGUUUGCAAGUGAUCAGUCAAUACUUUGGCUGUCCUGAGGAAUGUGAUUGCUCCACUUUUAAAGCUACCUGUGGAAAACGAAGAGGAAAGAUACUCACAAAAGUACCUGGGCCUUUACCAGCAAAUGUAUCGUCACUGUUCUUGGUAAACACACAGAUUGCCAAGCUAGAAGACAACAGUUUUACAGGGCAAAAAGCUUUGAAGCAACUUGUGUUGAAUGGUAGCCUCCUGACAGAUGUUUCGGAAGGAGCUUUCAAACACCUACACAAUCUUGAAUCACUAAUGGUGGCAAACAGUUUACUGGAGGUAUUGCCUCUUGGAGUUCUGGACACAUUGGGUAAUCUUAAACAACUUUAUUUAAUUAAGAGUAAUCUGGCCAAAGUAGAUCCGGGUCUAUUUGAUUAUCUUAACAACCUAGAAGAACUUUAUUUAUAUCGAAAUAAAUUAGAAGCUCUUCCCAAUGGCAUUUUUGACAAUCUUGGAUAUCUUACUAAAUUGCAUUUAGGGGGGAACCAAAUUAGUGUUCUUCCAGCAAACAUUUUUGACAAACUAAGAAAUCUUCAAAUUCUCAGACUAUAUGAAAAUAAACUUAAUUACAUUCCUUCAGGCCUCUUUGAUAAACUAUUAAAUCUCACUGAACUUUUACUUCACUUUAAUUAUAUUGGAAAUCUUUCUAGUGAUACCUUUUCUCAGUUGCAGAAUCUGAACAGAUUAAUUAUUGCCAAAAAUAGAAUAGUUGAAGUGCAACCAACAAUUUUUCAUAACUUGCUCAAUCUUCGUGUAUUAUCAAUGUAUUCUAAUAAAUUGGUGCAACUUCCAGACAGCAUAUUUGGUAAGAUGAAGAAAUUGGAGAAAUUGUAUUUACAUGAUAAUCAGCUUAUCACUCUUCCAGAUAAUAUCUUUUGCAAUUUGACUAACUUAAAAUUGUUGUACUUGCACCAAAACAAACUUGCCAACUUUUCAAUGCAUACAUUUAAUGGCAUUAAUGACCUUCAAGAGCUCAUGCUCCAUAACAACCAGCUUACUUUUUUAAGUGACAAUGUAUUUAGUAACCUUCAGAAACUGAAAUACCUCUCACUCUCUUCUAACAAACUUUACUGCCUUUCUGGAAACAUUUUUAACAACCUGACUCAGCUGACCACCAUGCAGUUAGAUAAUAACAGGUUGCAAAAUAUCCCACAAGGACUGUUUGAUUUCUUACCAAAUAUAAAGGAAGUUCGCUUGUACGAUAAUAUUUGGAACUGUGAUUGUUGGAUUUUGUAUUUGAAAAAUUGGAUUUUGAAAAACAAAAGUAAGGUUGCUCAGCUCAAUGAAUUAAGAUGUAAAACUCCGGUGGAUUUCUAUAAUCAGCUUAUUCUAACAUUGAAUGAAAGCCAGUUGAGCUGUAAUUUUUCACUGACAAAUGUUACAUCAAAAAUGGAUGUUUACCUUCAAACAAGCAAGACUUCAACAAAACAGCUUGGUUUUAUGUGCACUGUACAAUCAAAAUCAUUGCAAACAGGAGCUGUGACAUUUGCAUCCAUUCAGAAAGCUACAGAUUCUACCACAGUCACCAGGGAAGAUAGCUCUAUAAAGACAAUGAGCUUUACCGCAGUAUAUGGUCUUUCUUCAGCUGUGGUAAUUAACAGCAACUCAACAAAAAUAACAAUAUUCCAUAUUGAGAAAAUGGAGAAGAUCAAGAAUCUGGGAUCUGCAAGAAUCCCAUGUAAAAUAAUUUUGCUUUUGUAUAUUGUUGCUGGUGCUAUGCAAUUAUGCUUUAUACUUAUAACUUUAUAUGUUGUGUUUGCUGUUAGAAAAAUGCUGCUUUAUCAGAUUAGCACAUUCACUGUACCUGUUGUUCUUUUGAGGCUUCCCAAAUGCCACAGGACAGAAUUACUUAGGUAUGAAUGA